AUUCCAGCGAAGUCAGCCGUCCAACGCCCCCCGCCGCCGCAGCCCUCGCCGCAUCUUUUCUCACUUUCGCAAUACUCAGCUCGACAUUCAUCGGCUUAAUUUAAUUUCUCUUUCCCAAAAGAUAUUAACAAACUGAAAUCUUGCGCAGCGUAGCUCAGAACAUGAAAGGAGGGAGGAAGAAUCUCAAGAGAGCAGUUGAGGAAGAGAUGAUGGCACUUCAACACGGGCAAAACAUAAUGCAGGUUGUCGAUUUGAGGGGUUCUAAUCUUAUUGAGGUAAUGGAUGCAAAAGGGCAACAUCUACUCGCAAUAUUCCCCGCGAAAUUCCAGAAAAGCAUGUGGAUCAAACGAGGGAACUUUGUGGUUGUCGACGAAAGUGGGAGAGAGGAGGCCAUCGAAUCCGGUAGAAAGGUGGCCGGCAUUCUCACUCAGGUGCUUUACCACGACCAAGUCCGCCUCCUCCAAAAAACACCCGAAUGGCCUGAGAUUUUCAAAUCCUCGCCUCGGGAGACCUCAAAGCAGGACACCUCCAAAGAAGAAGAAGAAGAAUGUUCGAGCGAUGACGAUGAAGGGCUUCCGCCUCUGGAAGCGAACACUAACAGAGUAAACCCUCUGCAGUUGCAUUCGGAUACCGAAUCUACAUCUCAUGAUUCUGAUACUGAAGAAUGAUAUUCUUGGAUCAUCCAAAUUCUUUAAUGAAACAACUUAAUUAUGUAUGAAUGUGGAAUUUUUUGUCACAUGAAAUUGAAUCUCAACUAGAUUUCUCA